GUGGGUGUUCAGCGAGGGGCAAUAUGAUCUCAGCUAGUUAGCCGAGCUGCUAACAGUGUAGUGUCAGCUGAUGUCCGUCCGCGCUCGCUCGCUCCAUAGCACGUCACACGCCCAGCUGUGAGCACAGAUGAUCGCUGUUAAUGUUUGCUGAUCUUCUGCAUCAUCCACCAAACAUAGCCAAAGGUUACUGGGGUCAGGGGUUGACGCGUCGCAGGAGUUAAUAGUGGCUAACUGGUUAGCACCUGAGGCUACUAUACCUGACAGUGAAUGACAGCGAGCUGCUGGCCCGACGCGCCUGUCAUCUCAUGGAUACAUUUAGUCACUGGUUCACAAUAUUAUUAACACUAACGCUAUAUAUAGUGGCAGAGCGACCCGUUCUUUGUUAUAAACAGUGAACAGUAUUUUGGUUAUAAAAGUUUGCGCCUAGGACAUUUGUUUUUAUGUUUGCACAGUGUGCAAUGAUUCAAAAAAUGGAAAGAAAUAUAAGUAUUUUAAUUAUUUCAGUUUUCUAAGCUCUUUUUUAUUAUAUAUAUGUCUUUGACAAUAAGACUAAGAGAGUAAUUGAGUGGCUUUUGUUUGUGGGACAGACUUUAAUAUUACAUUUUUAUUUAACAUAGUAUUAAAUUCCCUUGAAUCAAAAUCAUAACAGAGCACAAAGAUGAAGAAAACAUUGAAAUGAAAACUAUUUUUACUCCUGUUGUUCAAAACCUGUAUGGCUUUCGUUUUCUUUAUUCAGGCAGAAUGACGGCUUCAGUCUCUUCAUUUUCACUCUAUGAAAAAGAUGCACUGAUAGUGAAUUGUGAGGCUGUCAAUCUGAUAAACAUAUCUUUUUUGUUCCAGUUAUGCGGGUUUGAAUCGAAUAAUGACAGAUUAAUAGUUUUAAUUCUCAAAACGAUAAACUUUAUUUGUCUAUAGUUUGCUCCUCCUUUGUGCUCUAACUCUGACAAAACAAUAAAUCAAGUUGUUGUUUUUUUUCUUCUUCUCCUGUUUCUCGUGUCCGAACUGAUGACGAGAUGAAAAUGGCGGAUCUUUCGAAAUCCAACCCGGCCUGAAAUAGACAAGCGGCGCGUGUUAAACUCCCAAUAGCGGGACUCAAUUCAGGAGGCAAACGUCCCAGUCUACAAUAACUCUCAUGCUGCGCUCUAUGUCUUGUAAAUAUCGAUAUUUCCAUGGCAACAGAAUAGACAGGAAAGCAGGCGCGUCGAAUAUCAACAAACUCCAUCUGAUGUGAAACUGACAGUCUUUGACUGAAUUAACUGUUGAGUGUGUUUUCAUUAUCUUUGUGCACAAUGGAUGUGGUGUCGCCUGAGCUCAACAGCCUCCUGCCUGAUGAGAUUAUGGAUACGGAAGCUAUCGCGAUGGAAGAGGAACUCCCUGCUGAUCACCUCGCUCUUCCUCCUCCCCAAUCUGAACCAGAGCCAGCGCAGGUUCCUAUGGAAACAGAGGUGCCUGAAAUCGUCAGCCUGUGUCCAGCCACCACGUCUAUGCAGAUGACCUCCACCUCCACUGAUGCUCAGUGUAGCACCAGCACAGGAACUCAACUCCUCCUUGCCCCCUCUGGCCUCAUGGCUGGCACCACCACAACCACCACCACCCCUGCCAAAACCACCAGUUCUGCGGUGACUCAAAACCUCCCCAAAAUCUCCAGCGUUACUGUCCCAGCCAACCACCAGCUCAUCAUCAACAAAGUGGCCAGCUCCCCCGCUGCGGAUGGCAAGCCUCCAGGCGCUGCUGUUCUCAAGCCAGAGGGCCAAAAACUCUUGGUUGCUGGCCUCAGUAAAACAGGGCAGCCCAUUAUGUUGGCUCUGCCCCACACUUGGAACAAGCCCGCCACUACCCAGGGCACAGGGGAUGCCAAGGCCCAGCCGACGCAGAUCAAAAUGGUGACUGCAGUAGGGAAGCCUGUGAUAGCUGUGAGCUCAGCCAGUCAGCUGAUGGGCUCCUCCACAACACUGCAGGCUCAGCAGCUGAAGACACUUCAGAUCACAAAGAAACCACCAGUAUCUACGGCUGGACCAAUGAUAACAAAGCUCAUCAUCACAAAGGCCCUGAACAAUAAAGGACUGACCAGCCCAGCUUCAGUGGCUCCUGUAGUUACUGGGCGAGUUGUUACCCAGAGUACCCCGGUGACACCUCCACGCACCAUUGCCAUUGGUGAGACCGUCAGCACUGUGCCACAGAAUACAUCUGGUAACAGCAAAGUCGCCAUCUCGCCGCUCAAGUCUCCCAGCAAGGUCUUAAAUCUUUUAAAACUGACUGUGGUUUCGGUGGCCAGUCAGUCUCCAAACUCACCCCAGAAGUCUGUGACGCUGCCACUCAAUGUGGCUCUAGGCCAGCAGAUCCUCACUGUUCAACAGUCUGCCACCACUUCUCCAGCUAAAGCAGGAACCAGCCAGUCUGCCGCACAGGCUGUAAAGCCAGUGCAGACGGUUACGGUAGGAGGGGUGGGAACAUCUCAGUUUAAGACCAUCAUCCCCCUCACCACACCUCCCAACGUGCAGCAGAUCCAGGUGCCGGGCAGUCGCUUCCAUUAUGUGCGGCUGGUAACGGCCACCACCGGCAGCAGCACCGCACAGACAGGCGCCAGCACCAACACCAAUCCUUCCAUCCAACCAGCCAAGCCUGUGAUGAUGAAUGCUGCGGUGCGGAUGUCUGUACCCAUCGUCCCAGCACAGACCGUGAAACAGGUUGUACCCAAACCCUUAACGUCAGCAGCUCAGGUGGUGACCACCACUCAGACCCCCCAGCGUCUCAUCAUGCCAGCCACACAUCUGCCACAGAUCCAGCCUAACCUCACCAACCUGCCGCCUGGCACUGUGCUCGCCCCCGCCCACGGCUCUGGAAACAUGGGCUACGCUGUGUUGCCGGCCCCAUACGUUACGCAGCUCCCCCAGCCUGCAUUUGUGACUUUGACCAGCAGCUCCACCUUCUCAACAGCCACUCCCAUACAGACUCAAGCCAGGCUUUCACUCAACGGUUUAUCAACAUCUGAAGCAACAUCAAGGCCGAGAAAACCCUGCAACUGCACACGGUCACAGUGUCUGAAAUUGUAUUGUGAUUGCUUUGCCAAUGGGGAGUUCUGUAAUAACUGUAACUGUGUUAACUGCUUCAACAACCUUGAUCAUGAGAGCGAAAGACUGAAGGCCAUAAAGGCGUGUUUAGACAGAAACCCUGUAGCUUUUAAGCCCAAGAUUGGUAAAGGCAAAGAAGGAGAGUCGGACAGGAGACACAGCAAAGGCUGCAAUUGUAAGAAAUCUGGCUGUCUGAAAAACUACUGCGAGUGUUAUGAGGCAAAGAUCAUGUGUUCGUCCAUCUGCAAAUGUAUGGGCUGCAAGAACUUUGAGGAGAGUCCUGAGAGGAAGACGCUGAUGCACCUGGCCGACGCUGCAGAGGUGCGGGUCCAGCAGCAAACUGCAGCCAAAACCAAGCUGUCCUCUCAGAUCUCGGAUCUGCUCACUAGAACCACACCAGCCAUCACCAGUGGAGGCGGAAAGUUGCCAUACACAUUCGUAACAAAGGAAGUGGCUGAAGCGACGUGUGACUGUUUGCUGGAGCAGGCCGAGCAGGCGGAACUGGCCAACCAGCCUCAGGCUGUGGCGGAGCACCUCAUUCUGGAGGAGUUUGGGCGCUGCCUCAGGAGAAUCAUCAGUUUUGCUGGCAAAGCCAAGACAGACUGUCCCAUCAACUGCUAGACCUGGGCCUGGCAAAGCCAUGACUGAGAGCCCUUCCGCCCGUUUGGGCCCCGCGGCCCAGUGUGCUGCUGAACCUAGAGUGGAGGCCCACUGAGGGCACUUCUGUCGGCCCCUCGUAUGGACGCACAGGGCCUUCUAAUAAAGAGAGACAAAGCAGAACUUUCCAUUGGCCUCUGAAAUCUAUUGCGUGACCGUUACGCCAGAGGACGCACUUUUCUGUAGGAGGACUACAGUACUUCAUUGUAGCCGCUGCAAAUGGACUUGCACUGUUUGCUUUCCUGGAAGGGGGUUUAUUUUAGAACAUUCGAUACUAUUUUAAGGUAGUUUGUUUUGUUUGGCAACGUUUUCCACUUUUAAAUGUGUAAUCAUGGUAUUUCUUUGUCUUUUAAAACUGGAUUUUCAUAUUACCAUUCACUGUCGUCAGAAAGCCCCUUUUUUUUUUUCUUACUGCUAAUAACCUUGGGAUAUAUCCGGAUGCAGAAGGAACUUCCCUGCUCAUGUCAUUAGCGUCUGAUCAUGACUUGUAUACAGUAAGUAGCCUGUACUGUAGCGUCAUUAUAUUUAUUUGCUUGCAGCAGAUUUUGUUUCUUGACCAGAAUCGGAUUCCAUCUUCACCGUUCCAUUUGUGUUCCAAGAAUACAAACGUUCAGCCGGGUCAGUCUGAGGGAGGCCGCACUUCAUUCCGGACAGGACGAGACUGAAGCAGAGCAUGAAGCUGCUGAUCGCGGUACAGAUAUCCUGUACUACAAACAGUGCUUACAGCCAAUAUAUAUGAUAAGAUUAGAUUUAAAUCUUUACUAAUGAAAAACAAUCAGCUAAAUAAGCUUUGUAAUGAGUUUUAAAGCUUAUUUCUUCAUCUCAGUCUACAGAUAAAUUAAGAGCCUCCUCAAUAAUUGUGGAAAUUUUUUUUGUCUAGGUUUCUUUUUUGGCAAUUGAUAGCUGAUAAGCUCUGUCAGGGCUUAUUUAAACCAAACCUUUCCAUACAUGGAGUUGACACAGUUAGGGCUAGAAAGGAUACAGCUAUGGCCAGAUUGUCCUACUGGGUAUGUGCACAUCAAAAGUGUGUCAUUUUUGUCUUACUGAACAACAAUUAAUUACUGUAUUUGCAUUAUUAUAAGAGUAGGUUUAGGUCUGGGGUAGGUGUAUACGUUAACAAAACUAUUUUAUGGUGAGAUUUUACAUCACUUCUGGCCAUAGCUGUAUCCCUUCUAGCCACAACCAGAUGAAGCAUUUAGUCGCUGAAAUGCUUUAUGGGUGAAUCUCAUGAAACCUGUCAAGAACAUGUCCAGUCCAUUUUAUUACAUCCCAAAAUAAAAUGCAUAUUGCUUAAUGAAAAUGAAGCAUAUUUUAGGACCCAUUAAUUUUGUUUUUAUUGGUUGUUGUUUUUGGUUUUUUUUUUUUUUGUUUUGUUUUUUUGCAUUUUUAGAUUAUAUUCAUGAUUAUAAAAUAUAUUACCCCCCCCCCCCAUUAUCAUUAUGUAUAAAAUCAGAAAAAUCUGAUUUCUUAUUACUGUAAUUAAAUUUUUUUUAAUAAGCUCCAAUUUCAGUUUUUUCUAUAAUUUUAUUUAUUUGUAAUGUUAUUUUACAGUAAUGUGAAUCAAAAUGAGAUUUUUUUUUUUUGUUGUUGUUGUUGUGUAUAAAUAAUUUUCACAAACAGUAUACACUGUCCAGCCCCAAAAAGUCACUGUUUGGAUUUAAAUAGGCAAAUGCUUAAGAGUCUAUGAUUGGAUCAUUAUUGCAGUGGAUUAUUAUGUUUCUAGCAUGUUAUAUGUUUGGCAGCAGUUCUUCUAGCCCUAACUGAUGGAGUGUGUAGCUUUUCUUUUCCUAAACAACCAUGUAGGAAUGGAUGACAAUGUCAAGAUUCAUCAGGCUCAAAUUCUGAAGAAUAAUUUUCACACGUUUGCCACCUCCGAGUCGAAAAAUCGAUGCACCUUCUGAUGGAUAUAAAUGUUGUGAUUUAUUUCCAUCAAGAGGUUCAUCAAUUUGUGGUCAAGAUCUUGUAUUGACAAUGCAGGAUGCAAGCACUCUGUAAAGUCUCCUCCAGCACAUCCUAAAGACUUUCAGUCAAAGAAGGAAUGUAGCCAAUGUCGGAUGUCAUCCUGGAAUAUGGCCAUGAUGUGUCUUCCUACAUGGUUGUUUAACAAAUUAAAAGCCACACACUCCAUCAGUUAGGGUCAAAGGAACUGUUGCCAAAAAUAUAACAUGCUAGAAACAUAAUAAUCCACUGCAAUAAUGAUCCAAUCAUAGACUCUUAAGCAUUUGCCUAUUUAAAUACAAACAGUGACUUUUUUUGGGCCGGACAGUGUAUACUGUUUAUGAAAAUUAUUUAUAAACAAAAAAUCUCAUUUUGAUUUACAUUACUGUUAAAAAAACACCUUAACAUUAAUUCAAACGUAAACAAACAAAACUGAAAUUUCACCUUAUUUUGGUAUAAAUAUAAUUUUACAGUAAUUAGAAUGAAAAAUAAGAUUUUUGUGUAUGAUUUUGGUUAUCUAAAGAUAAUCAAUAAAAAUAAUGCUAUAAUUAUUACUGUAAUUGAUAAUUUAAUUAAUUUUAUGGCUUAAUUAGUUUUUACUUUUUAGUAGCAUAAAGUCUAUGUGGUCCUAAAUGUGGGAUUAUGUAUAUAAUCCCAUUUUUAAAAAAUUUUUUGUGUAUUUUCUUUUCUUUUUUUUUUUUUGACUGUUUUGGGGUGAAAUAUGAUGUGAACAUGUUCUCUUUGUGAUUUUAUUCUUUGUGGCAUAAUGUGGUCUAUAUUAAUGGCUAUUCCUUUUUGAAGGCAAGUAACAGAAACAAUACAAGGUAAAUCAGCAAAAAAAAAAAAAAAAAACCUGAACUAAAGGUCAUCUGUAGGUAUGGUUUAGGCCAUGAUUUGUUUGGCACAGGUGUUUAAUAAGUCUUUCAAGCAUCAUUGAGAUGAAGUAGAAACGGACGGGCUGCUGUUCAGGACUUUCUUCUGCAUAGUGCCUUCUCACAUAUCAGCUCUAACGAUUCUUCACUGUGUUUAGUGGAAGUCACGGAUCACCCUAGAUGAAUGAAAAAUCUGUUGUGUGUAAUAUGUCGUAAAUAGUUUUUAAAUCUGCUUUUACUCAGUUUUAUUUUGUACUAUGAGACAGCUAGAACUAAUAACAAACAUAAUUGUAUUUUGCCCAGACUCACAAAUAUACUUGUUGAAUGCAACUUUUAUUUGUCGGUUAAUAACAGACCAUCACACUGUCAUAAAGCCAUGUGAUUCUUUGACGUUCUAGCUGAAGGUUUCUGAUCUCGUGCCCUGCAUUUCACAGCAUAUAUAUAUUUAAAUUUCACUAUUAAACAGCUGAGUGAGUCUGUGCAAGUGGUUUAAUAAAAUUGUUGAAUGGGGCAAACUGCUUAUACACCUUAUGCCUUAAUAACCACCUCAGGGCUUUUUAUGUAAAUAUCUUCAUAACUAAUAGUAUGUUUAUUUAGUUGCAUGACUACAAGCAAUUUAAUAAGCUCUGCUAAACUACUCCUGAGUCACAUUAUUGCAUUAGAGUCUUUCAAUAGCUAUUUUGGAUAUAGCUGAUUUUUUUUUUUUUUUUAGUAUAUCGUUAUAACCGCAUCUUCCAAAUAAUGCAUAUGCCCACAAUCUAUUUAAACUGUUCUGCUGGCAUUGCUUUGCUGUAGAGAAGUCUUAAAGGCAUGAAGAUGCAGGGUUCCUCACCUGUGCCAUCCAAAACUCUCAUCUUUCCAAUGUUUUAGUUCUUUAUGGAUCAUCCUUGUUUGUAUUUUAUGGUGAUAAACAUAUCGUAUUCUAGACCCUUUCCUCCACUAUAUUUCUGACAGAUGCAAAAGAUUUUCAGGUUGUACUUUCUUCAAAAAAGAUGAUGAUGAUGAUGAUGAACAAUGAGUUCAUAACUUUGUAUGUAGCCAGUUAAUGUUAUCUUGUAAAAAUGUAAAUGAACAUUAGUGAUCCUUUGUACCUUUCUUGAAAAUUGCCAUGAUUUUUCAUUUUCUUUCAUAAAGUAAGCCCUUCACUAAUGUGUAAAUGUUUUCCUGUUUGGUUUUUAUAUGGUUAUAUGUAUAAGGCAGGUGUUGUGUAACAGUUUGAGUUUUGUUGACUUUGGCCAUUGCUGCAAUUCUAAUCUUUUCUGUUUGUCCCUUCUUUUCUGUUUAACAUAUACCAUGUCUGUCUACAUGAUUAAAACACCAUGUAUCACUCAGAAUUAAAAUCCCUCUGAAGAUACAUUAAAGUUUAUUUUCAGUG